CGUCAUUUAUGACUUAACAAUGGCAUUCCCUAUUUUUAUAGCAAAGUACAGUACAGAGUUUGUGAAAGUAAAUUUAACACAAGAACCAUGCUUCGUUCACUUUCUGCUGUGGCUCUGGUAGUAUCGCAGGUCGCUGACGCCGCCUCGGCACGUGCUGACCCCAAGCAAGAAUUACACGAGUUUCUACAAACUGUACAAGAUAUGGUAGUCCCUAAUCCAACCCACGCCCCCCUUCCCGGAGCACGUGCUGAUAUAAAUUCCUUAGCCGAGGUGAUAGGUAUAAAUGUGACAUCCAGUCUUUUGAGUGUACAGCCUGUGCCUAUAGAUGCGUACACAGAUUUUGCUGUGUGUGGUAUAGAUUUGGCGUCUGGUCAAGAUUGUAAUAUGACCUAUCUUCGUGCAAAUCAAGGGGCUAGUAAAGGGUGGAUCGUGAGGCCAGACCCGACGGAAACUAAGGCGAUAUGUAAUGACGGUACACCCUUCGCUUUUCAGGUGUUUCCUGGAUCAACAGACAAUGUAAUGUUUUGGUUUCAGGGUGGAGGUGGCUGCUAUAAUUAUGAGACGUGUCGCGCAGUACCUGUGGCCACUAUAAACUUCCGGCCCGAAGAUUCGGGAAUUUUUGAUUUUAGUAAUUCUGAGAAUCCGGUGGUGAAGGGGGGCUGGUCCAUCAUUGUGAAUAAUUAUUGUAGCGGCGAUUUAUUUCUUGGUAAUACGACGAUGGUGACCAACAGUAGUGAUAGCGAGGGUGAGAACUCGACCAUCCAUUUCAGGGGUGUGCAGAACACGUUGGAGGUUUUUGGCUAUUAUGAUCGACAUCUGCAAGGACUCAACGAGACCAACCCAACAUCACAUCGAUUGUCUGUGUCAGGUUGUAGUGCCGGGUCUUUAGGCGCUCAGAUAUGGAACGAUUACAUGGUCCAAAAUUACAGAGCUGAACGCACAUUACUAGAUAGCUAUAUAGGAAUGCUUCCCGAAUAUUUUGGAGUGUUUGUGCGAAAUUUAGGUUCGUGUCAAGUUGGCGAAGAUAUUCUGGGCUGGACAGAAGAGAUGGUCGCUGUAUGCAACGCAGGUGGAUUGUAUAGCUUUGAAAAUUAUGUGUAUGGGCCUUUUUUGAAAAGUCAUGUUGGGUAUCCUUCGGGUUAUCUUGGUUCAUUUGAUGAUGCAACACAGAAGCUAUUCUAUGUUCUAUCAUCAUCUGAUGAUUAUGAGUCGGGCGUACUAUCAUUUGCGCCAGCAUUUGGAGAGUCGCAAAAAUUCACAUCUACGCUUUUUGGAAUUCUGGAUAACUACACUGACAUAAACGCAGCAUCAACCUACUAUCUAGUCGAUUCAGCGAUGCACUGCUUUUUACCCCGAGAGUCUCUAUACAACGCAACGCUUACCACCGCGCCACACGGAGGAGAACAAAGUAUGCUCGAGUAUAUCGAUGCGUUUCUGAAUGUUGCAGUCACACCUCUGUACACAGAAGAAGAUAAGUUAUGAGUGGUGAUCGUAAAGUGAGUUUAGAUUAUAGGUCUAAGAUCGUAAUAACAAUAAUUGUCUCAAUUCAAAAAUAAAUAUAAAAUAUACAUGUAGGA